CAAUUUCACCCUUUUUCCAGUUCGGUUGUGUCUGCGAACGUGGUUAGACCGCUUGCCAGUCACCACACAUAGUACGGAGGGGUUCAGGGCGUUAGGGCGCCUGUUAACGGUCGCCUCGGGCAAACUGGUUAACGAAACGUGUCUGCGCAGCCACGGCGAAACCUAAUCCCUUCGUGGCAGAAAAGGAAAGAGAUUUAGCGAGCACACAAAGUGAGAAGUGAGGUGAAGAAUUUUUGCAGAUUGUGUGUUUGUGUGUGCAUGAGUGCGUGUGUGUGUGUCUGUGUUCAGUCUGUCAGCAUCAAAUGUCAAUUAGUUUUUCGCUCAGAAUAGCUGUCCGGAGAAAAGGAAAUCCUCCCCUACUUGUGAAUCCAACGUUCUCUACCAAGUCAGUAUGACGAAUCAGUUGUGCGAUUCGCUCCGUGUGUUGCACUUGAUCCUAGAAUAGUGAAGCGUGACGUGUGAACAAAGUGACCAUACACACCAUACACACACACAUACACAAAAAGAAACACCAAAAACAACAAAGCCCCGAAACGCUUCGAGCAACGUAUCCCACCACAAGCCUGGAACUUCUGUGCUCUGGCCAGCACCCAGAACGAAAGUGAACGUAACGAGAUACAUCCGAUCCGGGCUCGGAUGUCGUCGGUCGACCGUUUGCCAGUGGUUUGCCAGUGGCAAGUGUGACGAGUCCCACCGGGAGCACCGAUCAUUCACCGCGUGGCAGACGUCAGAACGUCCAACUGGCCUGAAGCGACCAAAACCCGCUCUAAUUGGAUUCUGUGGGUGUGCGAACGUCCACGUACAUCUUGGGACGGCCGUGUCUCGCGGCGGAUGUGUGCCUUUUCGGACCUCAUAAACAACGUCCACAAACAUAACGCAAUAAUAAAACAAAAAACAAGCUCCGAGGUAGUGGUCUAGUGGCCUCAUGCAAUACCCGAACAGGGCCCACACCACGGAAAGGGUCGAGGACCGGCACAAAUCAAUCGCGUGCCGUGGUGUAGUCCAAUCGCUCGAACGGACGCGCACCAUCGUCUUGACGCACCUGCAUUGCUUAGUGCACUACACACCUCGUAACGGAAGAGGUUUCGCGAAACUCUCACGCAGUACCGUCCCGCCCUCGCAAUGAUCUGUACGGACGACUGCACCUGCAGCCUGUGCCGGGAGUUGCGCGGCUACAAGCUGAAAGUGAAACCAAACAAAGCGACCGACCAGCGCCCCCCACCGUACGGAGCCGACGCCGGAAGCCACCAGCAGUCAAAGUACUGCAAAAACUCCAAACUAACGCGCAACGAUAACUUCAUUCUGCGACGACGCACCUCGAACGACUAUCCGGCUCGUUCGCCGGACGGUCGGCAGGCGUCCCUCAGCGUUCUGCCAACGGGUGAUGAUGAAGAUCCGUACGAUCCAGAGCCUGGCUAUACGCAACAGGGUCAACAGCAGCAGCAGCAGCAACAACACCACCAGGGACACCGGGAUCCUCGGUACGGUCCCGGCCAGAACGGCAAUCGCAUGAAGAAGGCCCAAAGCUACAACGAAAUACCGAGCGUAGGGAAUGGUGGCGGCCGGCCCCGGUAUCAUCCGGCCGCCCUCAGCUCCAAGAUGAUCAAGAGCACCAACAACCUGACGGAAGAGGACGAUUACUACAGCUAUCUGCCACCGUCGCCGCCGCCCCCCGUCACGGCCGGCGGCCCACCGGUGAAGAACAAAAUCGAAAAGCAGAAAGACCACAAAGUCAUCAUCUACUUCGGCGACUCGAUCGCGCACCGGAAGAGCGAAAAGACGCGCCCGGCACCGCCACCGCCGACCGGUACGCCACCGCCGCCGAAGGUCAGCGAGCUGAACGUGUUUCACGCCCAGCGGCUGUGCGAGGAGACGGCCGAGAUGCUGCAGCAGCGCAGCAGCGGCGGAAGCAGCAGCAGUGCCGGCAGCAGCAGCAACGGCAGCCGGCCAACCGUACGUGACGCGCUGGAAAAGAAACCCGAACCGGGCGGGGGUGGUAAGCCGGGGAAGGAGUUCAUGCUGCAGCUCAAGUCUGUGCUGGAGGAAAAGAAUCGCGGAGUGGCGUCGAGCGAUGCGCCCGUGGGUGGCGUAACCGUACCGAUCGGCCCGGACCAGGACGGGCCAGGUCGGGCGAGUGAAGAACCAAAGCACAAGCGUACGGCGCCACCACACACGCAGGUGGUGGAGAUACGGCGCGUGGAUAAGACGGUGGCGACGGCCGACGGUGUAACGGACGCGUCGCUGCCGUCGUUCGUCGAGAGCGUCAUUAACGGUGUGAUCAACAUCAAGAUCGAGGAAAGCUUCAAGGUGGCGUCGGACAUUGUGCAGGCCGUGUUCGAGGAUGGUGGACCCGACGGUGGUGCAGCGGAGUAUGGUUACGACGAUGAUGACGUUGGCGAUCCGUUCGAUUGGAGCUUCGUGCAGAACUGGAGAGCACGACCUUCCGGUACGGCUGUAGCGAACGGGCAGGUAAGCUCACCGCCCAACACGUCCAGCAACCAGAGCAGCAUCGGUCUCGCCAACAACCCGGCGCACAAUGGUUCCAGCUCGGCCGCCGGCGGUGGAACCGGUACCGGAAGCGCCAGCAACUACCCGGCCAGCCCGAACGGCCUUUCGCCCGGGAACCACUACAUAGCGUCAUCGAACCCGGUCGCCUCACCCGGAGCCCGCAUCCAGAGCCCGGCAGUAGCAACGCCGGCUCCGCGCGUCUCGAAAGAGAUCACACUACGACCGGCCAAUGGGAAUGGUGAGAUGCGCAACUUUAGCCUCUCGCCAGUACACCAGCAGGGCGGAGGUUCGGGCGGACAGCAAAGUGCCGACCCGAACGAUAGGAAGUAUCACGCACUGCCGACAGGACAGCAGGCCGGCCCGGGGGGACAACAGCACGGGCAGCAGCAUCCACUAGCGCACCAUCAGCAUCAUUCCCAGCAGCAGCAGCAGCAGCAGCAACAUCCCCAACAUCAUCAACAGCAGCAACAUCAUCAGCAGCAGCAGCAACCACAUCAGCAGCAGUCAGGUCCGCACCGUUCGGUCGCAGGUCCGACCAAGCUGACCGUGCAAAGCUCACCAGUGAAGGCCCAACCGGCGAUGGUGAGUGCCGGGCUGGACAAGUCUUCGGUAGCUUCCAACUCCAGCCACAACAACAACAACAACAACAGCAGCAACAACGAGCUGAACAGCAAACGAACCGCCAAUGGUAACGUGAUCAGCAGCGUCACCACCAUCAACGAGCAGCUGAACGGAAACGGCAGCUCGAGCAGCAACAGUGGCAGCAACGUCAGUCACCUGAAGCAACACUUCUCGCAGAGUCAUCACGCGGUGCCCGCGUCGUACCACCAUCAGGGAGUGUCCGGCUCGGGCGGCAGCAACGGUGCCGGGUCGGGCCAAACGCCCGGCACCCAUCUGGCCAGUCCCGUCGCGAAGGGCGGCGCACCGUUGGGCAUUACGCGAACGCACCACCACACCGGGACGCACGAUUUCCGCGGCCUGCAGCGGGUGAACGAGUGCCACAGCUCGUCGGACGAGAACCGGUCGUCCGGGCACGCCAGCAUGUCCGACACCGGGCACGGCAGCAGCUCGCCGGGCGGCGUUGGCCCGAACCGUGCCGGCGGUCCGCUAGGACCGCUGCCCGAGGACCGGCUGGCGGCGGGCGUUACCAACCGCAGUGCCCGAUCGCGCGCCAGCUCGAACCAUUCGCGGUCGCGGCACCGCGCCACGCCGGCCAAAAUCCCGUGGGCCGGCGGCGGGCUGGAGGACAUCAAGAUGGCCAUCCAGCAGCUGACGAUGCGCUCGCACACGUCCACCUCGACGUACAGCAGCCUGAGCGCGGGCUCGGAAAGCUCGGAACCGGUGCGGCGGCUCGGCCGGUACAGCUCGCUCGAGACGGUCAACACGAACGUGACCAGCGCGGACGAGUUCGUGUGGGUCGAUUCGCACAACCGGCUGGUGGAGCUGCAGCACCCCCCGUGGAGCCAGCACUGCGUGCUGCGCGUCAUCCGCACGGGGCGCUGCCGGGAGUACGCGGAGCGCGUGUCGGUGGAGGCGGUGCCCCGGCUGGGCUACCUGCUGCAGCGCGCGCUCGUGCGGGUGGCGCGCGAGGUGCAGCGACUGUCCGGGUGUUUGGGCCUGUGCUCCAAGCACGAGGUGGCCGGUGCGUUCAAGAUCGUCCUUUCGCCCGCGCUGUCCGACUCCUGCAUCAAGGCGUGUUUGCGGGCGGCCGCAAUGUUUGCCGUGCCGGGCGACAGUGCGCUGAAGCAGAGCAAAUCGGCCCGGGCCGGGUUGCAGCUGCCGGUCGGACGGUUCCAUCGCUGGAUGGCCGACGCGCGGCUGGGCCGGUUCGUGCACGAGUACGCGGCGGUGUAUCUGUGCGCCGGGCUGGAGAACCUGCUGGAGGAGAUAUUCCUGCAGUGCCUGCCGACGGAUCCGGGCGCGGCCCUGACGGCGACCGGGCUGGAGCAUGCGAUCGCCGGGUCGGGCGACCUGUGGGGCUUGCUGCAGCCGUACGCCCAUCUGAAUGCGGGCCGCGUGGCGUCGGGCGCACUGACCAUGCCCCGGUGGGCGAGCCAGUCGUCGAUCAACUCGGGCGGUGGCGCGAACGCACUGGAGCCCUGCCUGCUGACCACGUGCGUGGGCAGCUUGAACGAGCUGAAGGAUUUGGUCGGACGGGCGCAGCAGCGCAGCCAGCACAUACCGAUCUCGCAGACCGCGUUCCGGGUGCUGUUUUACUUCAUGCGCUGCUCGCAGCUGGAGCACAACGAUGUGGGCGCGGCCACGAACGGCGCGGUCAACAACAUCCAGGAGCUGUGCUACGAGCGGGCGUACGUGGUGCUGCCGCCGCUGGUCGAGUGGCUGCGGGUGUCUUCGGCGCACGCCGAGUACCGGCACGCGCUGCUGAUCGACAAGGACGACAUUAUGCAGGCGGCCCGGUUGCUGCUGCCCGGGGUGGACUGUCCGCCGCGGCUGAUCGCGUCCGAGGAGGAGCUGCCGGCCAAGCGGACAGUGGGACUGUCCGGUACGCAGAGCAUCAGCUCGUCGAACCAUUCGGGGCAAACGCAACCGCUGCACGGUUCGCUCACGUCCAACUCAUCCACGUCAACGACGGGUAGCAUUGAGGACUCGAGCGAAUGUGGACGGCGUGCGACGUACGCGCUAGCCUUCCGGCUAAUGCUGACCGGCCGGCCGGAGCUGCUCAUACAGGCGCUCUCGCUCGUACCGCCGACCACGCGGUACGACACGCUCAACCAUCAGGGCAUGAGUGCGCUCAUGAUAGCGGCGGUGCGCAACGACGAGACGGCCCUGCAGACGCUGCUGGACGCGGGGGCCGACCCGAACAUCGAGGUGCCUGCCUCGGGCCACCCCAACUGUCCGGCCAUCCAUCCGGAGACGCAACACUGGACGGCGGUUACGUUCGCCGCGUGCAAGGGCAACUAUCAGGCGCUGCGCAUACUGCUCGAUCGGGGCGCUCACGUGGAGGGCGGCGCACGGCUCAGCGAGGACAAGUGCACGCUGACGCCGCUCCAGGUGGCGAGCGGGUCGGGCAUUGUGGAGGUGGUGGCACUGCUGCUUGCCCACGGAGCUCACGCAUUUCUGUCCACGCAGCAGAAGGAUCUGCUGUGCUUCUCGGGCACGGCCCAGCGGGGCUGCUACAGUGCUAUCUCUGUGUCGGCCGCCCACGGUCAGCGCGUAACGCUGCGGAAGCUCCUGUCCCAUCCGCUGGCCCCGGGCAGCCGGGAGGUACUGUCGCUGGAGGAGAUGCUUGCCGAAGGUGACGGUGGCAAUACGCGCACCCAGCUCGACCGCCAGCCGGAGGCCCCACCGACCCUGAACAAAACCCAAAUCAAAAGUCUUCAAGAGGCCAUGUAUCAUAGUGCUGAAAAUAAUCAUUUAGAUAUUACCAUCGAGCUACGAGCGUUAGGCGUACCAUGGACACUGCACUGCUGGAUGCAUGCCCUCGCGGCCGCACAUGAGCUGCGCCUCGAUGCCGUCAUCGAUCAGCUGCUGCAAGACUUCCUGCAGGUCUGCCCGGACGACUACAGUCAGCAGUUCGUGACCGAGUGUUUGCCGCUGCUGUUUAAUAUUUUCCGCUACAGCAAGAAGGAAGGCACCACGCUGCUGUUGGCCGACAUCUUCAGCACCUGUUUCGGCUGGGAACCGAUCAAACAGAUCAAGGAGCCGGUCCUGCAGCCCUCGAACGGGUCGCGCAUCGAUCCCAAGUUCGUUAACAACCCUGAACUGAGCGAUGUCACAUUCCGAGUGGAAAAUCGCAUCUUUUACGGGCACAAAAUCGUUCUCGUCACCGCAUCUCCGCGUCUGCAGAGUAUGUUGAGCUCGAAGCUGAACGAAGGCACCGGCACACCGACCGUGCAGAUCAACGACAUCCGGUACCACAUAUUCGAGUUGGUGAUGCAGUUCCUGUACAGCGGUGGAUGCAGCGCCCUCGAUGUCGCUGCCGGCGAUGUGCUGGAGCUGAUGGCAGCGGCCAGCUUCUUCCAGCUGGAGGGGCUUUUGCGCUACACCGAAGCGCGCUGUGCCGAGAUGAUCGACAUCGACAACGUGGUCGCCAUGUACAUACAUGCCAAGGUCUACAACGCACAGAAGCUGAUGGAAUUCUGCCAGGGUUUCCUGCUGCAGAACAUGGUCGCCCUGCUGACGUACGACGACUCGGUGAAGCGGCUGCUGUUUGCGAAGAAAAUUCCCAACCACGACGUGCUGACCGGCCUGCUGACCACGCUGCAGGCCCGCAUCAAGGCGCGCCGCAACAGCACGGCCGCAUCAGGCACGGGCGGUAGUAACGGGGGCCCUACCACACCGACCGGGGCCCCGGCACAGGCGAAUCGACCGUCUGCGGCCAUCGGAAAGUCCCCUAAGUAAGACGCGCACCUCUCUUUUUGUAUCCAUUUUAUCCACCGUUCGGGGUUAUGCGCCGAGACAUGGACAAUUAAAUAAAACCAUCCCCAUCCCCCUUGCACACCGUCGCUCCAACCGUACCACAAAGUUACUAGACCCCUUGGAGCUUAACAUACCCAGGGGGGGGGGGGGGGGAGGAGUGGGUGAGUGUUGCUAUAAUUGUAAGCGAUUUAUUACGCACGUGUACAGUACUAUUCUACUGCUUAGUUAGCUACUACCCGACAGGCAAAGGAUAGGUUAUACCCAAUCGAGAAGCAAACAUAACAUACACCGUUCAACAAAGCAAAAACAGUAGUUAUUACGUACCUUACGACUUAAAUAUACAUAUAAAGUUAAACACCUCGGA